AGCAUGGCAGCAUCGAAAAUAAUAAUGGUAGUUGCAAGUCAAGUCAACAUGGAGUUGUAAAAAAUAAUAACAAUACGAUUUAUUCUAAGUUCGUUGUUAAACAUGCUAUGCUCGUUUAGUUCAUCUUUUUGCAACUGUAUUCUCUUAUAACAUAAAAUGUCUUCCAAAAGUGAAUUAAAGAAGUUAUCAGAGGAGAGUUUGACACGCCAGCCAGAAGAAGUGUUUGAUAUAAUAUGCAAACUAGGGGAAGGUUCUUAUGGGAGUGUGUACAAGGCGCUUCACAAAGAGUCUGGCCAAGUGUUAGCAAUAAAACAAGUACCUGUAGACACGGAUCUUCAAGAAAUUAUUAAAGAAAUCUCAAUCAUGCAGCAAUGUGACAGUACCUAUGUUGUAAAAUACUAUGGAAGUUAUUUUAAGAACACUGAUUUGUGGAUUGUUAUGGAGUAUUGUGGUGCUGGAUCAGUAUCGGACAUAAUGAGAUUAAGGAAAAAGACUUUAGAUGAGGAUGAGAUUGCUACAAUUUUGUCCGAUACUCUUAAGGGUUUGGAAUAUUUACAUUUAAGGAGAAAGAUACACAGGGAUAUUAAAGCUGGAAAUAUUUUAUUAAAUUCUGAAGGGCAUGCCAAAUUAGCUGACUUUGGUGUGGCUGGACAAUUGACUGACACUAUGGCCAAAAGAAAUACUGUGAUUGGGACCCCAUUCUGGAUGGCACCAGAAGUGAUUCAGGAAAUAGGUUAUGAUUGUGUGGCAGACAUAUGGAGUCUCGGAAUAACUGCCUUAGAAAUGGCCGAAGGCAAACCUCCUUAUGGUGAUAUUCAUCCUAUGAGAGCUAUAUUUAUGAUACCUACGAAACCUCCUCCCUCGUUUCGAGAACCUGAUAAGUGGAGUACCGAAUUUAUAGAUUUUGUUAGCAUUUGUUUGGUUAAGAACCCCGAGGAACGUGCUUCAGCCAGUGAUCUUCUUACCCAUGAAUUUGUUAAAAACGCCAAAUCAUCAAGUAUUCUAAACACGAUGAUACAAGAAGCUCAUGAGAUCAGAGAAAAUCAAAGCUACAAGAAUAUUCACACGAUAGCGAAUAUCCAAGGACUGAAUAAAAGUGUCAACGAAGAAUCUGAUGAAGACGGCGUUUUAGCGAAUCAGACGAUGGUUUCAUGUGCUGACGAAGGUACUUUAGUUCCUAGUAAGGGUGGUACGCUGAUACCUCUGUCACCCAGUGGCACUUUGGUAGAAAUAGAGUCUGAGUUAGGUACUAUGGUGAUAAACAGUGAUGUGGAUGAUCAAACAAUGAAACGUCAUGACACCAAUUCACAGGGUGGAAAGAAGUACAGGCCAAUGUUCUUAGAACAUUUUGAUCGAAAGGAAGCUGAAGUUAAGGGAAAUGGAGUGGCUAGUCCUAUCACACUAGACACAAUUGACACUUCAACCGAACAACAAAAUUUUCAAAGUAACGUUCAGGUGAAGCUCGCAGAACCGCCUUCCCCGCUGCAGCAGGCUCAACCUAUAGAACAAAAACCCCAUUACCAUCAGCCUUUUAACGAUGGAGAUUUCGAAUUUUUGAAGUAUUUAAGUUUCGAAGAACUGCAACAAAGAAUGAACACUUUAGAUUUAGACAUGGAGAGAGAGAUUGAUGAACUUCGCAAAAGGUAUCAAAUAAAAAGACAACCAAUUCUGGACGCCAUGGACACAAAACGCAAGAGAUCACCGAACUUCUGAAGAAUAUUCUUCUAUCGAUUGUUUUAGGGUGCUCAAAAAAGUUAUUUUAUACCUAUUUUGAUUGUACAGGGUGAAGCAAAGUUUUAUACACAUUAUCA